UUGAAAUACUUAUUAUUCAGUAAAUAUUGUGUUCAGUUAUAUUAACGCGUGUAAAAUUAGAAUAAGGCGAGUUUAGUUUACUCAGUGGUUUAUCAUUAUCAUCGUAGAAGUAUUGAAACCUGUCAUUGUGUAUCAAGUUCAAGGUUAACGAGGCCGAGUUCAUCAACAGCACAUAAAGGAUGGUGUAUCAAAGUAAUGCAUUCAGACAUAGUAGCCUGUAUGAUAGAGUGGAGAAACUGCUUCUCUCAUAUGAAUGGAGUGACUGCAAGUUCACCGUGGCGGGAAGGCACUUCAAAGCGCAUAAAUUGAUUUUAGGCAUCAGUAGUCCCGUGUUUGAAGCAAUGUUCUAUGGCCCCCUUUCCACUAAUGAAGAAAUAGCUAUUACUGAUAUUGAACCUGAUAUCUUCCAACUUCUCCUAAAUUAUGUUUAUACGGAUAAAGUUGAAAUACCUUCUAUUGAACAAGCUUUUGAGCUGCUGUAUGCCUCCAGGAAAUAUUUAUUGGAACAUUUGUCAGAUUUAUGCAUUGCCUACAUACUAGCUAAUGUCAGUACUGACAAUGUUAUCAGAGUCCUGAAUUAUCCUGAUUAUUUGCAAGACCAACAGCUGGUGUCAUUUGCCCUAAAGUUAUUUUGUGAACACGCCAAUUACCUAUUGCAAGAAUAUAAAAACAUGAUCUCAUGUUCAUGUAUGAAAACUAUUUUAGAAAGUGAUCAAAUGAAUAUAUCGGAAAAGUCACUGAUUAUACAUGUUUUUCAAUGGACACUACAUUACUGCAAGCAGAAUAAUUUACCUGAGAAUCUGGAAGCUAGACAUAAGAUUUUGAUUGAAAAUGACUUUUUAAAGUUACUCAGAUUUUCUGCUCUUACAGUUAGUGAAUUUGAGGAAAUCAUUGAAAGUAAGGACAAUAUUCUACUACCAGAAGAAUCCAAAGACAUAGGUUCCAUUAUUAAGAAGAAUAAUAGUGAUGAUGAACAAUUGAAUGUUAGCAGCCUACAGUCCAUACCCCGGAGCCCUAUAAAGCUGCAAUGGGACCUCUGCCACCGCCGGCCGCUGCGGUCAGCUGCUCCUAUAGUCAUAGAUUCUAAUAACUGUGUCAUUAAUAGCAGAGUUAAAGUUAACAAGUCUGUCUUCAUCAACUCUCUAUGCAUACCUACGAGAAUGGCCCCAAUACUAAAUUUCCGGAAUAACAUAGGCCAUUCUUAUUCUGAGCAGUUCUUUGUUACUGUAGAAUGUGAAUCAGAUAAAAGUAUUACUAAAUUAACUAACUUUAUGAACACGGUUGACUAUGACUCUUCAGUGGAAAUAGAGUUGUCGGAGCCAUACUUUAUUAAAAAAGAUAAAUGGUAUAAAAUUAUUUUCCAGUGGUCGCAAACAUUCGACGCAAUUACGUAUGUUGUCGAAUACCGUGAACGAGUUUUUAGUGAUCAUAAAGUUAGUUUUGAGUUUGAUGACAUGCCUUCCACUGCCAGAGUCAGUGGAAGUUUCCUUGGAGGGUUAAAAUAUUGUUUGUAAUUUAUAUUUAUUAACACAGAAGCUUGUAUUGUGAUUGUAAAUCUCAGUAUUAAUUUUUCAACAGCU